GUGACAGAGAGUCAGAAACACACGCACUCGAAACCUCCCAACGUCUCUAGGCACAACAACACAACGUCAAAUUCCACACACAAACAAACCCAAAAGCAGAGAACUCUCUUGGUUUUGGUCUCUGCGUUUGUGUCACUGUGAAAUGGUUCCGAGCUUUGUUCAUGGCCUAACAGACGAGUUUGAGCAACUGGGUCUCUGUGUUUCCGAAUUCCCAGCAGCUUUUUCUUAAGAAAGAAAGAUGAAACAGUGAGAAGAAGAAAGUGCCAGAAGCUUAAGAAGGGAAAAUGAGAAGGUUGGUGUUGUGGGUUGACUUCCUGUUGUCAGCUUUUGGUGGCUUUCUCAUGUUUUCUGGGUUCUUUCGUAUCUAUUAAUGACUCCAGUAACGGUCACUUUGCAUCUUGGAGGCAGCAAAUGGUUCCCGGGAAAUAUUCAGCUGUUUAAAGAAGCUCUUAUGACCUUUGGCAUUGAGAAGUGGAUAUUUCAUAGAUUUCUUAGUGUUUUCAUGCAAUAUUAAGGUGGUGUUGUUACUGGGUGUAUUUAGUAUUCUACCUGUUAGAGACGCUCUCUAGAUCUUUCACAAUUCCACGUGCUUGUCCAGCUACAUCACUUGGUAAAUUAGGGAUUCGUUUUCUAUUGGGUGGACUGAACUUUGUUAAUCUCAUUCCUGCAAUCUGGUGGUUAGUUGAACUCUUAAUGAGGCUAACCUCCUUUGCAGGAUAAACCCUUACAGAAACUUAGGCAUCAGUUUAGGGAAAAUCUCCCUUGGCAAAAGAGUUUUGUUCUUGGAGAAACAAACUCUUCAGUUUAGUUUGGUGUAGUGUAGGUAGUUAUCUUUGACAAGUGAAAAACAAAAGAACAAAAAAAAAAAAAAAAUACAGCUCUGUUGGGCAAAUCUCCUUUGGCAAAAGUAACUGAAGUUCCCCCUGGUUGGCUCUCUUGUGUAGUGGAUGAGAAGAGUUAAUCUUUGUUCUAUCACCUUGGCAUUCUGCUUGCUAUUUUGGGAAGCUUCAACUUCUAGGAAAGAUCUCAUCUGGCAGUUGCAAUUCAUUCAUACUUCUGUUGUUGGAAGAAUCCCUUUUGUGAAGUCGGAAAGUUUCCUCUAGUUGAAACUUCUAUCCACCUAUCGCCUACCGGGCAAAUCUCCUUUGGCAUUUUGAGUCCUCAAUUUGGGCAAAUCUCCUUUGGCAUUUUGAGUCCUUCGUCGACUCUUGUUCUUUCUGGUUCCCGCCCUCGGGCAAAUCUCCUUUGGCAUUAGAUCUCCAGUUUCAGUGGUGAAAAUACCCUACUGGAGAUACUGACACAUUAUCCUGGAAAUACAUCCUAUCCUCUGAAGGUUACACAAACUAUCUGAUCCUUGUAGCAGUGCUUACCAAGAGUUUCAACAGAAGAUUAACAUUAGCCAGUGCUAUUGAUAUUUCGUGGUAGAAGGUUUGUGUCCAAAUUUGACAGCACAGAGAUCUUGCAACUGAGUGAAGGUUAUCUGAGUUUCUCUGGAGAACUGAUUUUGUUCUCAAUUUGCAACUUAGGGGCAUCUUCUGAUAGGCAUCUAAACGAUGGACGUGCUUCUUAGUGACUCUGAUUGGGACAGUUACAGUGAGACUGGUAGCAAUGAGGAUCAAGAAGGAAGCGACUAUUUCUAUGGUGGGCAUGCCAGCAGCCUAUUUUCUAGCCUUGAGGCAAGCAUUGGGAAAAUUGAUGACUUUCUCUCAUUCGAGAGGGGAUUUAUAUAUGGGGACAUAGUGUGCUCUGUAAGAGAUCCAUCUGGACAGAUGGGAAAAGUUGUUGGCAUUAAGAUGUCUGUUGAUUUGGAGAGUGUGAAUGGAAAUGUAAUUAAAGGUGUAGACUCAAAGAAUCUGUCAAAGAUCCGUCCCAUUUCAGUGGGGGAUUUUGUUGUUUGUGGGCCCUGGCUUGGAAGGGUGGACAGAGUAGUUGACUCUGUAGCUAUUGUAUUUGACGAUGGCACAGAGUGUAUGGUGACUGCUGUGGAUCCAGAGAAGCUCGUACCUGUCUCCCCAAACAUACUUGAAGAUCCACAGUAUCCAUAUUAUCCAGGACAGAGAGUACAGGUUAGGCUCUCAACUGUUUCCAAAUCAACUAGAUGGUUAUGUGGUAACUGGAGGGAAAAUCAAGAUGAGGGAACUGUUUGUUCUUUGGAAGGUGGUGUAGUGUAUGUUGAUUGGCUUGCCUCUGUUCUCGUAGGUUGUGAUUCGAAUUUUCCCACUCCUCCACGUCAGCUGGAUUCGAAAAAAUUGACUUUGGUAUCAUGUUUCUCUCAUGCCAAUUGGCAGCUUGGUGACUGGUGCAUGCUUGCAAUUGCUGAGUGUGAAGGUUUCUCAGAGCAGGCUUUUCAUAGAACUUCGACUUGUGAGCUCACCAACAAGCAAGAAAAUUCAGAAAGAGGAUUUAAGAGAAGAAAUCCCAAGUCAAAAAUUGAGGAAAUCUUUGUAAUCUCAAAGACAAAGACCAAAGUUAAUGUUCUGUGGCAAGAUGGUAGCCAGUCUUUGGAAGUGGAUUCACAGACGUUAGUUCCGGUCAGUGCCAUAAAUGAUCAUGAAUUUUGGCCUGAACAGUUUGUCCUUGAAAAGGGAACUUAUGAUGAUCCAAACUUAUUCAGCACCCAAAGGUGGGGUGUUGUGCGUGGUGUGGAUGCAAAGGAACGAACAGUAAAGGUGGAAUGGAAAACUAUAAGCGCAUCUGGAGCAAAUAGUUUAGAGGGAGAGCAGAUGGAGGAAUUUGUAAGUGCUUAUGAGCUUGUUGAGCACCCGGAUUACUCCUACUGUUUUGGAGAUUAUGUGUUCAGGAUGGUCCAGAAUCAGUUUGAUGAACAACCUGAUAAAAACUAUCUGAGCUUAAGGUCUGAUAUGACUGAGGAGGUAGUUCCGGAAGAGAAGAACUUUGGUGGGGAUCAAGAAACUUUCACAGAUAAAAGUUACCUACCUUGCAUUGGCAAUGUUUUGCGCUUCAUAGAUGGUGCGGUAGAAGUGAGAUGGGCAACUGGCAUUACUAGCAAGGUGGCCCCUUGUGAAAUAUUGCGGUUUGAUAAACAUGAAGGUUCAGCUGCAAUCAGUGUAGAAGAGGACACUGAGGAAUUGAACAAAGAGAUAAUUCCACAUGGAAAACAAAUUGAUAAUGAGAAAGGAAAGGAUUCCUUGAAUUUAGAUGUUGCUGCUAAAAGUUGCAAACAGCACACAAGCGAGUCCAGUUCCUAUUUCCUUCCUCAAGCUGCCAUUGGAUUUUUCUCUAGCAUUGCUGUGAGUCUCUUUGGAUCCCAUGGUUACACAGCACUUUCAGGUCCUUCCUCAUCAGUCUGUACUUCUGAAGUUGGAAAGGAAUCUGGGUUCUGCCAUGCGAAAAGAAUAGUUGAAAAUCAUGAUAUCUGCACUGAGCCACAUUCAAUGUAUGAGUCUGAUAUUUCUGGCAAUGAAAAUUUGAAUCUUGAAGGCAAAGACAUUGAGGGGAGUAGAUAUCUUCCAUAUUUGAAAGACAAGGAGAGUGCAGACCAGUUCAGGCAGUUUGACAUGCUUGCUGAUUGUGCAGAUCACUAUUUUCAUGGUGCCAGCAAGGAGUUGGCAUUAUCUCAGGUGAAAAAAGGUUGGAUGAAGAAGGUUCAGCAAGAGUGGAGCACCUUAGAGAAAGAUCUUCCUGAACAAAUCUAUGUUCGUGCCUUUGAGGAAAGGAUGGAUCUACUGAGGGCAGCCAUCGUUGGUGCACCAGGAACUCCAUAUCAUGAUGGGCUUUUCUUCUUUGACAUUUAUCUUCCACCAGAGUAUCCUCAUGAGCCACCAAUGGUACACUACAUUUCUGGUGGGCUACGUGUGAACCCGAACUUGUAUGAGUCUGGAAAGGUCUGCCUCAGUCUUCUUAACACGUGGACUGGUACGGGCAGUGAAGUUUGGAAUCCUGGGAGCUCCACCAUUCUUCAAGUUCUUCUCUCCCUUCAGGCCCUCGUGCUUAACGAUAGGCCAUAUUUCAAUGAAGCUGGAUAUGAUCAGCAGGUGGGAAGAACUGAGGGAGAGAGAAACUCAGUGAGCUACAAUGAAAAUGCAUUCCUUAUGACUUGCAAGUCAAUGCUGUAUUCUCUCCAAAAGCCGCCUAUGCAUUUUGAAGGACUUGUGAUGGAACACUUCACUCGGCACUCUGAGAAUAUCCUAAUGGCUUGUAAGGCAUAUAUGGAGGGGGUUCCAAUAGGAUGUGCUGUUGAUUUUCAGAAAACCGAUGAUAAACACAGUAAGGGAAGCUCUACUGGAUUCAAGAUUAUGCUAGCUAAGCUCUUUCAGAAACUAGUGGAGUCGUUUUCUGCCAAAGGAAUCGACUGCAGCCAGUUCAUUGGAGCAGUGAAAUGAGAAUGAUGCAAAAGGUGCAAGCUUGUAAUAUACAAUGUCCUUCUUUGGUGUAUAAAUAAAGCACGCAGUGUCGAUGUGUGUGUGCAGUAUAAGAUUGGCCGAGUGUGUUUCUGAAUUUGUGAUUUCUCUUUUACCAGAUAAGAGAGCGAUUCCCACAAUUGUCAAUAUUUGUAAUAAGAAUAAACUGUAAUGUUGUAUCUGUAUUGUAAUAUAUCUUGCAUGUAAAAUAUGUGAAUAAAAAGCAAGAGUUGAGUUGGUGUGUAU